UCCUUACGCACUGGGGUGGGGGCGGAAAUUGGGGGAGGGGGGUUCCUAGGAAGCGGGCCGGCCAGCGUGCGAUUGAACGCGGGCGAGAGCCUUCUGGAACGGAUUCUUGGUCGAGACGUCCUCGCCGUCGUAGCGAUUACCAAGUGGCUGCUGCUUCUGGGCGCCGGUCGUCAGCGCCUCGGCCCACUUCUUCGCCAGGUCUUUCUUAUCGGCGACGCGAUCGCAGACACGUAAGUAUGCCUAUGCGGCUCGCGCCGAGGUCGUCGCUGUGCUCGACGGCGUCGAUGCGCUUGCAGCUGAUGUUGCAGCAGCCGGCGAAGCGCAUGUUGCUCUCUUCUUUUUGUGUUUCUUUCAGACGAUGGCGCCGCGCCGUCGACGCCUAGCGUCUGCCUCUGCUUAACUUAUAUCUGUGAAACCUCGCGGUUUCGCGACCGCUAUUCCGCCUCAGAGACAAGUGUCGCUGCGAGGGGUCGUGAGUCGUCUUUCCAGAUCAACUGGACCGCCCGUUCGUCCACGACGGUGGCAGGAAACUCUCG